CAAUGUUCUCAUCUCUUUUCUGAUCCUCAUCCUUCUCCCAAAAUGGCUCACCAGGGAAGAUGCAGUGCUGCAAUACUUUCCACCAUUCUCCUCCUCUGUCUUCACCCACUUGCCUCUGUUUCUGCUCGAGCUGCUAUAUACACUGUCGGCGAUGAUUCUGGCUGGACUUUCACCAUCGAAGAUUGGACCAAAGGGAAGAAGUUCAAGGCCGGAGACAUACUGACUUUCAACUAUUAUCCAACGUUCCACAAUGUGGCAGUUGUUGAUCUCAAAGGCUAUAAAAGUUGCUCAGCUUCUUCAACAGCUAAGAUUUACGAUAGUGGAAAAGAUCGAAUUAAAUUAUCAAAGGGACGGAACUACUUCAUCUGUAGCUUCCCUGGCCAUUGUGAGGAGGGAAUGCAGAUAGCAGUUUAUGCUCACUAAAAUUAAAAAUCUAGGGUUUAUGUUCAAACUAUAUAUUUCUUGAAUAAAGGAUGUUAAAUAUUCUUAUGAUCAGUGAAAUGGAUGAGAUGCUUGUUGGAUCAGGAGUUUGAUGCCAUGUUAUUUGAGGACAAGUACUAGUUCUGUGGAUAUGCAUUUGA